CAUCUGCAGCCAACCACAUUAAUAUGGCGACAAAGCAAGAGACGAUGCUUGCACCAUCUGGCAUGGCCGACAUGCCUAAUGGGGUUGCUAAUGCCUUAACUGACAUCAAUUUGGAUGCGCGACGCAUGUCGUCAGUACGUGCUCGAAAGUCGUUGACUUCACAAGCGGUGGUAUGUCUACAGGUUGGGGACGGUGGCGAAGAUGAACCUCCCGAAGCAAUGGACGUGAGUUGGCCUUCGGGAUUCCGCAAAAGAAUAACGUAUGUUCUCUUGGCACCCAUAGUCUUCCCGUUAUGGCUCACUUUGCCCGAUACGAGAGCCGCAAGAGGCAAAAAAUUCUUCCCCGUAACGUUCAUUGGAAGCAUUUUGUGGAUAGCGGCGUACUCUUACCUCAUGGUAUGGUGGGCCAAUAUGGUGGGAGAUACUGUACAGAUACCGCCGGAGGUGAUGGGUCUUACGUUUUUGGCGGCUGGUACGUCAAUUCCGGAUCUCAUCACUUCUGUCAUCGUAGCCAGGAAGGGUUUCGGUGAUAUGGCUGUCUCGUCAUCAGUCGGCAGUAACAUUUUUGAUGUUACCGUUGGAUUACCAGUGCCUUGGUUGCUGUUCGGCAUCAUCUACGGAAAACCUGUUGAGAAACAAUUUGAGUUCGGAGGAAAUGGAACGAUGGCUUUCGAUACACAAAAACUAGAUCUAGAUAUCUUGGGUCAACAUGUAAGGUUUGGGGGCGUCGGAAAAAUAGCACUUGCUGGAAAAGGUCCAUUGGUGUGUUUAAAAUGUGAAACCAAUGAAUCUCCACUUUGGACUAAUGCAGAAAAUUUAGGUGCAAUUUGUUUAGAUUGUGUGAAUGAAGCUAAAGAUAAUCUAAAAACGGAAUUAGAAAAUGAUGAAGAAGAACCUAAAGUUAUCAAACGAAAGCAGCGGCAUACUAGGUCCUACAGAACCAGAUUGAAUCCUUUCGCUGUGCCUAAAACUUCUGCUCCAAAAACAAGAGGUCGUAGGGGUUUGUUAAAAAGGACACCAGUAAAGGCACCUACAGCUGGUAGUUACAUUCAAGUUGGUGAUAUCGUCUCAAUGAGAGAUGCUGAAGGGGACACUUAUUAUGCCCAAAUUAGGGCUCUUAUGACCGACCAAUAUUGCAAUAAAAGUGCUGUCGUAACCUGGUUACUGCCCACUCAAGAAGCUCCACCACCAAACGAAAAUUUUGACCCAGCUACUUACAUAAUAGGUCCAGAAGAAGAUAUAUCCAGAAGUUUGGAUUCGAUGGAAUUUGUAAUGCAUUCUCCAGCAGACUACUACAAAUCCAAAACUACGCCCUACCCUUCACCUGUGGCUACCGCAGAACCAGGUUAUAUAUGGGCGUCAAUUGAUACGUUAAAAUCAUUACAAAUUCGAAAUAGUUGAUAGGUAUUAAAAACAAAAGACAUUAUAUUUAUUAUACUUAUUUUUAAAUUAUGUACCUGCAAAAUUUGAUUUAGAAUUUAUUUUCCCUUCGAUUGUUUUUUACUUAUUUAAUUUUUACAAUUAUGUUGUUUACACAUUUCUUAUAAUUUUUUAGUAUUGAAAUAGUUGGUGAACAUUCAAUAAAAUAAAAAAAAUUAAGGGGAUUAUAAAUGUAAAGCCUUUGGUAUAAAUCUGUAUACAUUUUUUUUUUAAAUAUUCUAUUUAACUCUUUAUAUUAAUAUACUUUGAUGUUUUUCCUACAAAAGAUCUCAUAUACUUUUAAUUUUCAUUUAUUAUGAUUAUUGGCUUAGUAAUUUAUUGAUUAAAAGAUAAUGAAAAAACCUUUAAGAUGACGGUUAAGAAUAAUUUUGAUUUUUCACGUCAGUGACUCAAAAUUGUACAUUUUUUAAUACAGUCAAUAUCUAAUAUUUUGACAGACAUCAAAUUUUUAAUGUAAGAAAGUUUGAACAUGUACUUUUUAUAAUAAAGAAUUUUAUUUUGUCAAUUUUUUUGACACAGUGUGUUUGUAUUAAAUUCGAUUAAGAAAACAAGAAAAAAGACAUUAUUUUUGGUAACAAAAUCAUUUCCAAAUUAUUAGGUGGGCGGUACGUUCGCCUGAUCUAACUUUUUCGCGUGUGGUACUGUUUGUAGCUAAUUAUAUGAGUAAUAGUUUUAAUCUUUAAAUUGUAAUUUAUAGGCAAAUUAAAAGGAG